AUGGAUGACUCGACCUUCCUCGUAUUCGUCAGUGCCCUGAACAGGUACUUCGAUACCAUUCAGUACAACGACGACAUCUAUGAUCAUGAGACGCGUGUGGCAACCCUUCGCCAUGUCUACGCAGAGACUGCCAAGUACUUUGAUCAGCCUGAGCAGAAGGCAGCGAUCGAAGCCCAGCCUGCAAGAUUCAAGGCCAUCAUGCGCACCAGCUCUCAGGUCGUGGUGUACUGCUGGCCCAAGUGCUCGCUGAACGUCAUGGUUGCUGUCAGUGUCUACUUUGUUCAUAUUGUCCUCCUCGACGACAGCACCAACAACCCAAGCCCCUUGAUGUUGACAUUUGGCAAUGAUCUCAUCAAGGGCGAGCCGCAGAAGCACCCAUUUUGGUCGCUGAUGAACGCUCACCUGAGCAAUUUUCUCAGCUACUAUGGGGGAUUUUGCUCCCUCGCCAUCCUCAGGAGCACCUUUGAUUACUUUCAGGGGUGCUGGGUGGAGCAGCACAACUUUCACGGCUAUCCUGGUUCUGAGUACUUCCCGGGCUUCUUGCGUCGCUUGAAUGGGCUUGGGGGCAUCUGUGGUGGAAGCCUGUUCCCUCGCGACGACUUUGAUGAGGAUGCUUUAUUCCCCCAGAUUGCAACUGCUAUCGCCGAACUGGAGAUUCCUGUCGCCUUCAUCAAUGACCUGAUGUCUUUCUACAAGGAAUACGGCAACCCAAGAGAUGAGGUGAACCUGGUCUCGAACUGGUGCACCACUGAGGGGCUCUCCAUCUCCGAAUCCUUCGAAAGACUCACCAAUGAAACCUGUCGCGGCUCCAAGCGCGUAAUGGACGUGUUGAACGGUCUCAAUGAUAAGGAUCCCAAGAUUUCCAAGACUAUUCAUGCCUUCAUCCAUGGCUACGUCACCUGGCACUUCUGCGAUGAAAGAUUCCGUUUCAAGGAAGCGUAUGAGCGAUGCGGUGACAGCCCCGAGGAGCUCAAGUUCCGCAAGUACUACGAGAAAGCCAUGGCUAUUGGAACCAUUGACUUCAAGGAAUGGGCUGUCUGGCCCCCUGUCAACGGUGCCGAGAAGAUGGCGGAGAUGAAUGGAAUCCCCAAUGAAGUCACUAAUGGUAUUCAUGAUGGGGAGACGGAAGGUUUGAAGAACGGUAUUUCGCACGGGCUAGGCAAUGGAGAACUUCUGAACCUGUAUGCCACGCCCAUGGUGGCUAAGUAA